GCUAAGCAAAGUCAAAAAUCCAUUCAAAAUGAACUUCUCGUGGUUGAGCGUAUUUAUCUUCGCACUGAUUGCUGUUGUCGUCUCCGCUGGCAAGUGUCCUGCUCACUUCACCAAGGAUGGCAACCGUUGCGUCACUGAUCGUCCCGUUCAUGGCGAAUGCCCACAGGGCUCGAAGCUGGAGAUUAGCAUCAACAAGUGUGUGCACAACUCGCAUUAAAUAAUAGCAAAUAAAAUUGAAUGGUUUAAAGUGCAAGCAA